GCAUUCUCUUUGCGAUACUAUUUAAUUGGUUAAGAAACCAGAAAGAGUCGUCAUUACUCGAGUACUGCGCCUCGACAUUCUCAAAUGGCAGGCUUUUGUGAUGAUUCUAAGCGCUAUAUCACUGGUCACCCCCUCAUUUGACCACUCACCACAGCCCCGAGGAUUCUGAAUCUUAGGUUCGCCUUCUACAGAGCAUAGUGUUAUAUAUAACUGCCGAACCCUUCUGCUCUACCUACUUUUACUUGUUUACUACUAAACCUUUAGCAAACUUACAUCUGCAGGCACACAAAUUCCUUACAGAGCAGUAGCACUCAAAAGAUGUCAUAUCAAAAUUAUCCACCUUAUGGUGCGCCCGCUGCUAGACGUAAGUACAUUCCCCGCUCUCGUUUGCGACAAUAUAUAACUGUUAGCACAGUUGCCCCGCAAUCUGGAUACCCGCCACAAAUACCACCUUCUCGUAUGUGAAUGGAAGUACGCAAUCAUACAUGGUCAGUCGUUGACUUCAAAGUAGAUUCCCCUCAAGCAUAUCAGCAAUAUCCUCCAGCACAUAGCCCAUAUCCUCAGAAUCAACCAUAUGGCGCUCCUCCUCAACAGCAACCAUAUCCGCCGCAACAACCCUUCCAACAAUACCCUCCUCAACAGGGUUCCUACCCACAACAGCAACCCUAUGGCGCACGUCCGCCAGGUCCUUAUCCUCCACCGCAACAAUCGCCCUACCCCCCGUCGCAAAGUGGAUAUCCCCAGCAAUCAUAUGGCGCUCCACCUACCCUCCCACAGCCUCCAUACGGCGCGCCAAUGAGUUUUGGACAACCUACGCCGCCAUCGGCUGGGUAUGACCUAAAUUUACCAAGCCCUCCGCGCAUACCCUACGAUGGACGCGCAGAUGCGCAGGCCUUGCGCAAAGCCAUGAAAGGUUUCGGCACAGAUGAAGCGACUCUUAUCGAAGUUCUGCAUAAUAAGGGACCUUUGCAAAUAGAAGUUCUGCGACAAGCUUUCUAUGAUACCUUCAAAAGGAAACUGUUGGCAGAUGUGGAAAGUGAGACAAGCUCGUACUUUAGGGAAGGCCUCGCUGCAAUUAUUCGCGGCCCUUUGAUACAAGAUUGCCACUUGCUUUUUAGCGCCAUGGAUGGAAUAGGCACAAAGGAGAAAUACUUGACUGAAGUCUUGAUGGGCAGGUCAAAUGCUGAUAUUAAUGCGAUUAAGACGAUGUAUCAACGACGGUACAACAGGAGUCUGGCAAACGAUCUCAAGGGCGAUUUGAGUUUGAAGACCGAGGAUCAUUUCUUAAUGGUAUUGGAGGCCAAUAGAAACGAGGAUAGUGCCCCCGUCAUGACUCGAGAUGUCGAACGCGAUGUAGCAGCUAUAUGGAAUGCGACAGAGGCCAUACGUGGACAUGAAGCAAAGACAGUUUGUGAGAUAUUCACCAAACGAAACGAUGCCCAGCUUCGAGCGAUCAAUCAUACAUAUCAGCAACAGCAUGGAAAGCCUUUGGAAUGGGUUAUCAAGAAGGUGAGUAAACUUAUCGCAAGCAUUUCGGGACAAUUUCACUGACUCUUGGCAAGAAGUUCAGCGGCCAUAUGGAGGAUGCCCUUCUCUUUCAACUUCGCACAGCUACGGAUAAAGCUAUGCGUGAUGCAAAUCUCAUGGAGGAUUCAAUGAAAGGUUUUGGCACCAAAGACAAAUUACUUGUUGCUCGAGUUGUCCGAUGUCAUUGGGAUCCAAGACAUAUGGACCAAGUCAAGGGUGCAUAUCAGCACGCUUAUGGACGAUCAUUGGCCUCCCGAAUUUCUGCGGACACAAGUGGUUAUUAUGAAAAGUUGAUGGUGAAGUGCGUCGAAUGCAGUAAUCUGGUUCAGCCGGGUUAUUCAUGGUUUUAAUUAUUAGCAUUAAUAAUAUGGUUUCAUUUGGGUUUGAUUUUGCCACUUAUUGGUAUGGCGUAAGAUUCAAAGGUAUAGGGAUACGGUACUUGGAUGAAGGGAUAAGAUUGACAUAGAGGAAAAGGGAUAUUCACAAGUGAGCAAUCACGAACUUUUCGGAUGCAGAUUGGCCUAGUAAUUCUGCGGCGUUUUCUUUGGACCGGCUUGGUGGGAGGACAUCAGGACAAUCUGUGCAACAAAUUUAUUUUAAUUAUUACUGCGACAUCUUAAUAGGUAGCAGAAGCAAUAAAAGUGGUUUUUUUAACA